CCACCAUGUAGUUGCGCAUCUGGCGCGGAACGGACACUAUGUUUACAGAAAUCAAAGAAAUUUUGCUCACUCAGGACCUCCGCCACUGAAGUACGCUCAUUAUGCUUUCUAGUCCGGAACGGUACAGGUCGCGUCGCGUCCUCAUGCCCGCCCAUAGAGUGCGUACCCCAAAGCGGGAGAAAUUAAAAGCAAAAAUGUACAAAUUCAUGGAACUAGUGAAUGAUAUAUCAAGUAGCGGUGAAUCGUCUUCAUCGUCUGCUAGUACGGAAGCUGGCCCAUCACAGAAGCGUUCCAGAUCGCUAGAAAGGAACCUACGUCCUAAACGUCGUCGUAUAUUAUCAUCUUCUUCCUCCUCCUGCAGCGAAGGAGCUGAGAGGGCUGGUAUAAGGUCGCCAGAUUCCGGCGGCGAUCUUCCUAUAGUAAUUCAAAAUCAAAAUUUCCUUGGUGAUGAUCCUUCGGCCAUAGUGGAUCCUGGAGUUUCCUUAGAGGAUGCCAUAGUAUCUCGGUGGUCCUCUUACCUAACAAAAGGCUUAGAAAGCAAACUUCGUGAAAAAUUGAUGGAAAAAUGGACGAUUCCAGCUAAUUGUACAGGAUUAAAUCCUCCAAAAUUAAAUCCCGACCUUGUUGGCAUGAUAUCAGCGAGUGGAAUUAAGAAAGAUAAUUAUCUGGGAAAUGUUCAAGAAAAAAUGGGGAAGGGUCUCAGUGCAUUAGGGACGAUCCUGAACGACCUAGUAGCUGACAAGUUUCCUGCAGACGUGAAGGAGAAGAUUACACCGGCGUUGGCGGAAGCAGCGCAGUAUUUUUGCGAGACUCAUUUUUUACUUUCAAAACAUCGCAAACAUGAAAUUUUGCCAAAUUUCAAUCCACUCGUAAGAAAAGUUGCUGAGGAGAGUACUCAUGACUCUCUUCUGUUUGGUUCAGGUUUUACCGAACAUUUUAAGGCUGCCCAAGCGGCAGAAAAAUCGAGUAAACAAAUGAAAGCUCCAACGAAGAACUUUAGGAAGGGUAUCUUUGUGCUGAAAGAACCUCUUCCACCUAGCCAUUAUCCCAAAACCAAAUGGAAGGACCACGCUCGAGGCCAUCAAGCGACAUACAGCAGGAGGUCUCAAGGAUCAAGAGGGCAGCAGUCAUCCAGGAGGAGAUAUUAGAGAUGCUUCUACUAAAGGUUGGGGAGCGGUUUGUGGUAUAGAAAAAUCGCAUGGGUUCUGGACAGAAACUGAGGCUAAUCAUCAUAUUAACUAUUUGGAACUCCUUGCAGUUUUUUUCGCAUUAAAAUGUUUCGCAAGAAACAAGAAAAAUUGUAAUAUUUUGGUGCGGAUUGAUAAUACAACUGCAGUUAGCUAUAUUAACAGAAUGGGGGAGGUAAUGUACAAAAAGCUACAUAAGCUUUUAAAACAAAUUUGGCAAUGGUGCAAGAAAAAGAACCUGUGGAUUUUCGCGUCAUACGUCUCUUCAAAAGACAAUGUAGAGGCGGAUCUCGAAUCACGUUCUUUAGCUAUUGAAACAGAAUAUUCGUUACACUCUUCUAGUUUUCAACAAAUAGUAGCUACCUUUGGCAAACCAGAAGUAGAUUUAUUCGUUUCUAAAGCGAAUGCUAAGUGUAAAAAAUAUGUGUCGUGGAAAAAAGAUCCAGAUUCUAUUUUUGUCUAUGCAUUUACUCAGAAGUGAACCUUUUUCUUUUAUGCUUUUCCCCCAAUUCCAAUUAUUUCUAAAAUUCUCAAUAAGAUCAUUACUGAUAAGGCGCAAGGCAUAUUAGUAGUUCCUGAUUGGCGUACUCAGCCCUGGUACCCAGUCUUUACAAGACUACUAAUUACAGAACCUUUGUAUUUUAACCCCAGUCCUAAUUUAAUUGUUUCUCCUUUUAGGGAGAGCCACCCCUUAUGGGACAAGAUUAUCCUGGUAGUGGGGCUCUUAUCAGGGAACAGUACCGGGUGUCCCACUAUGAACAGCUCUCGGCUGUAUCUCGGAAAGUUUUAGC